AUGGCUCAGGUGUUGUGGAACUCAGAUAUAGAUGUGUACAAUAAGGACAAGAUACCACUACCGAUAGCACGAAGAAUUGCUGGCUAUUUACCAGUCAAGGAUCUCUUAUCGUUCAGCUUGGUAUCGAGAAACACUUUUGAGGCAGCCAGUGAUCCUAAACUAUGGGUUUCUUUGCUCAAAGCUCUUGGAGCUUGGAGCUCGGCAAAACCACUUACAAAGGAGGUUAUUAAGCAAAAAAACCAGAAAAUGGAUUACUUGGACGAUCCAUUGAGGUGCUUGGACUAUGUAUAUCGGUCGCCGAAAAAUGCUCGGUACCAAGUGCUCAAAAUCCACAAAUGUUUAGCACCAUUUUACUAUGACAUUGUUGGUAACAAGAGCUAUGAUAAGUUGCGAAUUUUCAAAGAGUACCAGACUCCGGAGGAGCAAGCUAAACUACUAACCAACAUGAUGGCAUAUAAUCGAAUUGACUAUAUUGAGGACUCGAGAGCUAUUGGUCACGAAAAACUCUCAGAACUCUUUGAAAUAUUUGAAAAUGCGCUAUUGAGAGAGUUGGAGAUCCAUUUUGACUUGGAAGAUUAUGAAAAGACAAGACAGUUUGUUAUGAUUUUGGUGUCGUUGAAAAAUCUGCAAACACUAAUUGAUUUUUUUUUGCAAAAGAGCAUUUUUGAUGGCGAUGAAGAGAAAUUCAGCUUGACACCCAAUGAAGUUGAGCAAUUUUUCAAAGAUGAGCAAUUAGAUUUGGAAGCAUUUGGCAAGUUUUUUGAUAAGCUCGCGAAUGUGUUCAACGAACAAUGUGCGAUUAUUGAUUUGAUAUUUCCUCAAUCGGUACCGAUGAUGUACAAGGUAUGUGAAGAAUUGAUUUCAAAUAAAUUAACUGAAUUGAUCUUAGUCUUGACCGAAGCUUCGAAAAAAUAUGGACUUUAUUUGCAAACUGUACCAUUCAUUUAUCAAGAAUUGGGGACAACGUUUAUUGAUCAAUUGCAAAAAUCAGAGAAUUGCGGAGAAUCUUAUCAUCAACUUGUUCAGGAACUUAUUGAUAUGCUGUUUGAAUCCUUUGCCGCCGAAUAUAUGCGGGAGGAGGUUUUGCAAUGUAAAACCUUGGCAAAAGUAAAAGUGGAAGAUUGGAAUGAGAGCAUUACGAAGCGAGAGGCGGAAACUUCGUCAAGGAUUUUGGAUAGUAUCAAGAUUGAGUCCAAAAACGACUUUUUAACAAGUUUCAAGAGUGUUUUCACUCUUGGUUUGAGUAAGGAUGACACAACAAAGGAGAAAAUAUCUGAAAUGCAAGCUAAAGCAAAAAUUUUGUCGGAGAACAUUAAAUCCCUUGACAAGAUUUUUAGUCCCGAGGUGGUGCUCGAUUUGUUAAACAAUGCCAGACUGGCAUUGGCUCGCUUAUUGACCUUUCGUGAUUUUUCAAUCUCGUCUUUAAGAUCAGAUAUUUUUCAAUCCGUGCAAGACAUCUUCAUGGAAGUGAUGGAUGUGAUUGAACUCGAACAUUUGCGACCCGGUUUUGACAAGGCUCUCACUUAUUUGCAGACCUAUAACCCAAACUCUCCUACUUACACUACAGAACAUAACGAGAAAUUUGCCGAGCCUUUGGUGAUGUUCUUUGACUUGAUAAAUAUGGCUGAUGUUAUUAUACAAAUGGUGGAGAUUUUUUACAAGGAAGAGAUUGUACAUAAACAAUUGGUGAAAAAUGAAAACAGUAUAUUGAACCCUUCGUUGCAAAGCAAAAAGAAAUUGGAGGCAUUGGUUGAUAAGAAUGUAGCAGAUGGUCUUAAUAUUGGAAUUGAAAUAUUGGUUCACCAAAUCGAGAUAUCAUUUCAAGAGUACUUACUCGAUACAGAUUAUUGUCCUGCAGAAGGUGCCACACCAUUAACCAUGGCUAAUUUUGGUCCUACGGAUGCGGCACAAAAAGCGACAAAGAUUCUAGAGGAGAAUAUGGAUUUGCUUACUGGUAGUGCAGAUAAGUCAGUUGUUGAUGUUUUCCAGCAAGAGAUUGCAGAGCGUUUUUUUCAAACUGUUGUAAAGCUCAUUAAGAAGCGUUCGAUAUCCGUAUUGGGUGCUACAAAUUUGAUUUCAGAUCUCAACUUGUACUACGAAUUUAUUGUACAACAUAUAAGGACCAACAAAAGGUUUGUUGUGCCAUUGUACCUGGCAUUAAAAAAGAUUGGCAAUUUGUACUUGAUAAGUGGAGAUGACUCCAAAGCAAUUGGGAAACUCGUUAGUGAUUUAUCAAAGUUCAAUGGAAUUUUCAGUCAAGAGGAUAUUUACGAGUUUGUUCAGCGAAGACAGGACUGGCCGUUGAUCAAGCGACACGUGGAGAAAGUGAUGUAUGGAUUCGGUAUGGGUGAAUGUAAGUUUAUGUGA